AUGAGCGCGGCCCGGCCCGGCCUGCGGCGGCUGCGCUCGGCCGGGGGCGGCGGGGGCAGCCAGCUCCAGCGCACGCCCGCGGUGCCGAGGCAGAGCAGGAGGAGGAAGAGCGUGGCCAUUGCCUAUGAAGCAGGGCAGGGCGAGGGCGCCGAGCCGCGCUGGGAGCCGCCGCGCUGGCGGGAGCAGCUGCAGCGCAUCCGCCAGAUGAGGAGCGGCAGGGAUGCUCCCGUGGAUGAGAUGGGAGUGCACAGGUGCUACGACACCAGCGCGCCUCCAGAGGUGAGGCGGUACCAGGUGCUGCUGGCCCUGAUGCUGUCCAGCCAGACCAAGGACCAGGUGACGAGCGCUGCCAUGCUGCGCCUGCGCCGGCGCGGCCUCACCGUGGACAGCGUGCUGCAGAUGGAUGAGGAGAGCCUGGGCCACAUCAUCUACCCCGUGGGCUUCUGGAGGAACAAGGUGAAGUACAUCAAGCAGACCACGGCCAUCCUGAAGCAGAAAUACGGAGGGGACAUCCCGAGCACUGUGGAGGAGCUGGUGCAGCUGCCAGGAGUUGGGCCCAAAAUGGCCCAUCUGGCCAUGCACAUAGCCUGGGACAGCGUGGCUGGGAUAGCUGUGGACACCCACGUGCACAGGAUCUCCAACAGGCUCCAGUGGGUGAAGAAGGAGACCAAGAGCCCCGAGCAGACUCGGGUGGCACUGGAGGAGUGGCUGCCCAGGGACCUCUGGAAGGAGAUCAACUGGCUCCUCGUGGGCUUUGGGCAGCAGACCUGCCUGCCUGUGAGCCCUCGCUGCAGCCAGUGCCUCAACCAAGACAUCUGCCCUGCUGCCAGGAGACCCUGAGGGACCAUCCAGCCUUGGCAGAGCCACAGAGCUGCUCGGGCCUGGCACAGGGCUGGCAGUGUGGCCGCAGGGACAGGAGCCUGCUCAGCAGCUCCAGGAACAGCCACCGGCCACGGCUCAGCUCUGCAGAGGAAAAAGGGGCUUGGAGAGGCAGCAAUCCUGCUGGGACAGAGCUGCAGGCUCCAGCCUGGCUGAAUGGCUGAGCACAGCCCAGCUGUGCCACUCUGAGUCACUGCAGGGAAAAGCUUUGUCCUCAGGGAGCUGCUGCUGCUGCUUGUAAAUACUGCUUAAUAAAGGUGGUGAGGGCUUUUUGCA